AUGACUGUGCGUAAAGGAAAGUCUUUAGCCAUCUCCAUCCAGGAGCACAUGGCCAUCGACGUGUGCCCAGGCCCCAUCCGCCCCAUCAGGCAGAUCUCGGCCUACUUCCCCCGCCUGUCGCCCACCUCCUCCUUCUCCGAGCCUGUGUCGCCCAGUCACAGCGCCGCCACCCUGAGCCCGGGCCUCAGUAGGGGGCAUGGGGGCGUGGCCUCAGGGGCAGGUUGCGGGACUAGUGCCGGACUGUUGUCUCCUCUGUUGCCCGGGGCAGCAGGUGGUGGGGGCUCGCUGUCCGCCAUGAGCAGCAUGGACACUUCCAUCGAGAUCGACAGCUGCGACAGCGACGAUAACACUUCCUUGGGGACACUUGAGUUUGACCUGCUCUACGAAAGUGCAUCCAGCUCAUUGCACUGCACAGUAUUGAAAGCCAAGGGUCUGAAGCCCAUGGAUUUCAACGGUUUAGCUGAUCCUUACGUCAAGCUGCAUCUGCUGCCAGGGGCCUGCAAGGCCAAUAAACUGAAAACCAAGAUCGUUCGCAACACUCUGAACCCGGUCUGGAACGAGACGCUGACCUAUUGUGGGAUCACCGAGGAAGACAUGUACCGCAAAACUCUAAGGGUGUCUGUGUGCGAUGAAGACAAGCUGACACAUAAUGAGUUCAUCGGAGAGUCGCGGGUGGCACUGCGCCGCGUGAAGCCGAACCAGGCCAAGCACUUCAACAUCUGUCUGGAGCACCCUCCCCCUCUGCCUUCACCAACUGCCAUGAGCUCUGCGCUGAGAGGGAUCUCCUGCUACUUGAGAGAGUGGGAGACAGAGCAGCAGAGGAGUUUGGAGGAGAGAGGGCGUCUGCUUCUGUGCCUGCAGUACCUCCCUCCAGCCACAGAGGGAGACACAAAGGGGGACAGAGCUCGUGGAGGGCUGUGCGUCGGGGUCAAGCGCUGUGCACAUCUCGCCGCGAUGGACGUCAACGGCUUUUCAGAUCCAUAUGUGAAAACGUAUCUCAAGCCAGACGUGCAUAAAAAGUCCAAGCACAAAACAGCGGUGAUAAAGAAGACUCUGAACCCGGAGUUUAAUGAGGAGUUCUUCUAUGAAAUCUCCUUCUCGGAGUUGGCCACAAAGACGCUGGAAGUCACAGUUUGGGACUACGACCUGGGGAAGUCCAACGAUUUCAUAGGCGGGGUGUCCUUCGGCUGCCACUCUCAGGGCGAGGCGUUGCAACACUGGAUCGACUGUCUGAAGAACAAGGGCACGAAGGUGGAGCGAUGGCACACUCUGACCAACGAGCUGCCGGGAUCCACGGCGCAGGAAUGA